GCCAAUAGAAACUCGAGGAACUUGAGGUUGUCACCAUGAGGGAUAGGAGUCGGCGUUGGGACUGAGCCAAGGGCAGAUAUUACCAGGUAUUUGGAUCCAGUUGGUGCUGGUUGAGGUUCUCCCCAUAGCGACUGCCUUCAGUGGUUCCUGUCUGUCUAAUGGUGCCGUCAGUCCUAACGAUGGAUAAACACAAUUAUAAGAACCAAGCUCCAUACAUCGUUUGCUAUGCAAAAAAGAUUCACUUCUUCAGAAGCAUUUUCAUAGUCACGUUCUUUCUAUUGUCUAUUAACUAUUAUUGGCCGAGGAGGUAUCAGCUGACCAGAUUUAGAAGCCCGCCUAUUUGUGGUGGCCGAGCGCCAAAUGAUACGAUCACACCAUUAAAGAACCAGAGAACCUUUAUUAUUUCUGCAUACAAGGAUAACAGGGAGGGAAAUAUCAUCCGGAUCUUGGGGAUUGUCCACCAUCAAGAAGUGAAGGAACUCUACUGUUACUUCUGCUGUAAUUCCAACACCAACGCGACCACAACCAGGGCAGGAAUUGAUAUCCAUCAGGAUCGGUUUGGGUUCCCUUAUGGUCUUGCCGAUAUCAUCUGCACAGAACCUCCGGACUGUAGAGCGGAAUUUGUGUCGGUUCAUUGGUCUCCUUCUGAAGUCGUCCACAAUCUCACCAGCUUCAGAAUCAGGAACAGGGAUCCCGGCCAAUUUACUGCCAACUUCACCGUCUGCUUCUCCACCAUGUUUGGGAAUUACAGCAACGUCCUGCAGUUCAUCCAGACCAUUGAAAUGUAUAAGAUACUGGGCGCCCAAAAAGUCAUGGUCUACCUGAACAACUGUAGCCAACAGAUGGAGGAGGUCCUUCAGUACUACACCGAGGAAGGGACGGUGGAGGUGAUCCCCUGGCACAUUCAGCGAUAUCUGAAGGUCUCUCAUAAUUGGCAAUAUCCCAACGAUGGCACCGAAAUUGGUUAUUACGGACAAUUAUCAACACUAAAUGACUGUUUGUACAGAAACAUGUACUCUAGCAAGUUUGUUGUACUCAACGACCAGGAUGAAAUAAUUCUGCCUUUCAAGCACCGGACUUGGGACUCAAUGAUGGAAAGUCUUCAAUGGGAAAACCCCAACGUGGGAAUCUUCCUCUUUGAGAACCAUAUUUUUGCCAAAACUGCAGUUUCCAAUGGGAAUUUUACCAACACAUCCUCAUGGAAUGGGGUCCCAGGGUCCAACCUACUGCAGUAUAUACACCGGGAACCGGACAGACCCAAUUACUUCAAUGCCCGGAAAAUGAUAGUGGAUCCAAGGGCAGUGAUCCAAACGUCUGUUCACUCUACCCUGAAACAGUACAAAAACUUUAAGAAUAUCCCUCUAGAAACUGCCCUGGUUCAUCACUGUAGAGGCCCCCUGCAGCCCCAGCUGCCCAGAGCAGCCUUAAUUGAAGAUAAAACUAUAUGGAGCUAUAAUGGUUCCUUAAUUCAGAAUGUUAAUCGGAUGCUUGAGAAAUUUAUAACGAAGCCAUGAUUAGACAGUUAAGGCUGAGUGGGCAGUUGAUCAGCCUGUGUAUGGGGCCCUCAGAUGAACCUGCCUGAGGGCACGUUUAAAAAUCCUAUUGGGACAAGGAGCACAUUGAUGCGUUGAUGUGGUCCUCAUCCUGAUGGCUUCAAUCUCUGCAACAUGAUCUGAUCAAUCUGAUCAAUACUCGUCCCAACGGCCUCUACCCCAGCAAAGUCACCCUAGGGCCAAAUGAUCAGAUCAAUCUAAUAUCUCCAAGGUGGCCACAUCAGGGAAAGAUCCCUUCAUUUUGUGACCUCGCCAAACCAGAUCUUUCAAUGUACGGCAACCUUUACUGUUGAGUGCUGUGAGUUAGGCAUUUGAGGUUUUUGUGUUAUUUUUCUCAUGUUGAGUACAAAUAUCUGGGAGUGGACCAUUUAUAGGUGAUGCUGUUCCUCCCCAGCCAAAACCUACAUAGAAAACCCUGGUGAGAUACCGUAUACAGUAUGGCAGAGUCGUUGUCACUUGUCCAGAUGAGCUUUCUACAUAUCCUGUACUAUAGGUAAGGAGAACAUCUAAGAGCAACAGCUACAAACCCAUUAUGGGACAUUCAGACCGUAUUGAGGUUGUGCAGCCUUUGAAAGACCAAGGGCUGAUUUAUUUACCCUCAAUACCUUACUAGGGAAGAGACCAAGUGACUGUUGUUGUAGAGAGAACCACAAUAGGAACCCAGAUCUUCUUCUCAUAUAAUGUGCUGAGGUUGUCUCCCUAUCUUGUGGCCCCUUAUCGCCCUCCCUUUAUUCUGUAGUAUGAAAGAUAAAGUCCAAGUCCCACCUCUAGGGGACCCAGGUUCCGACAGAUCUCAAAUUGAAAAGAGAUUGAGAUUUGGGUGAAACCCAAGAAGACAAAUGGAAGACGCCCCUUGGAAGCUACAGGUAUGUUCCAAUGAUAUCUACAUGGAGUACAAAAUGUCCAGGGAUAUGGAUACAACGGUCUCUCCUUAUUGCUUAAGGGAUAUGGAGACACCAGGUGAGAUGGUUAGAAACCAUGAAUGAACACAGAGAGGCAACCAAUAAAGGAUUGGGUAUCAAGCCAACCAAUAGCAGGGUGUCUCGCUGUGGGAAGACUGGGGUUUGCCAAUGGGUAUUUGUUAGGAUUACAAACUGUUAAUGGGCAUUAACAGCAACACAUGAACAAUGCUCUGGCUCAUAUCUAAUGGGGUGAAUAUAAUGACAUAUAAUAUAUAUUAUAUAUUAUAUAAACAUAUAAUGUACAUAUAAACACAAUCACAGAAAUAAACUUUA